AUGCUGGUCGACUAUGCAAGCGAUGAGAGCGAUCAUGAACAACAAUCGUCGACGGCGCCGUUGAAGUCGCUCCCUUCGGUUUCGGUACAGAACAAGGACGACGACGACGACGAGGAAGCCACCGCGUUCGACCCCUCGGAUGCGUUCGGCCUCGCCCAGCUCGAUACUCAAACUGGGGGAGAAUCGACUACACGACCCAAAACAGUGACCACGGCUGCGAAUGCCGACACAGCGCCCCAGGUCUUCAUCACGGUAAGUAUCAAGGCAUGGCCGCAACGAACGUAG